AAUUCUCACCCCCAUAGCCCCAAGUAGUUUAUAUCUCUAGUCUACUAAGAAAAUGAGUUCCAAGGCUUUCAUCUUCCUCGGUCUUCUUUUCGCCAUUGUCGUCCUCUUUUCCUCGGAGGAGGUAACGGUUAUGGCAAGGGACGUGAAAUUCGAAGAAGCUAUGAUGGAAACCGGUGAAGUUGACGAUGUCGAGCGCCACGGUUUUGGAGGAGGCCAUGCUCGAAACCUUGCGGAAUGCCUCCAUGGUUGCAACCAUGGUUGUUGUGAAUGCUUCCGCGGCCGUUGCAUCAGGUGCUGCAGCUUUGCUGGUGAAGCUGUUGAUGUAAAGCCUCAAGCUAAGCCUAACAACUAAACACAUGCUGUUGUUGCUUCAAAUAAAAGGGCUUUAAUUUAUGUAUGAGUGCUUGUAAUUAGUUAUGAAUAAAUGCUUAUGCUUGUGAGAUCAAUUCUAUAAGUUAAUCAUAGACUAUGAGAAAAGUAUAUAUAAUAUGGUUCUGAUCCAAGAAAUGGCUGCUUAUUAAUUA